AUGGCUCGGCAAAUUUUACCCACGGAGACUGAACUGGCCACUUUGGCGUCCUUGAACGAUGUGCGGGUCUACGCUGGUUUGCCACAGCCAGUGUGGGAUAUGAUUUCGCUGUCCUUGGGCACUGUGCCUAGUCUCCGGGUGCUGGCCAUGAAUCCAUCACGUGUCAUUGGUGAUACCGUGCAAGGGCUGCAGAUUCCUGUGCUUGAAACCGAUGGGAAUCCUAGGUUGGACACAACUGGCAACCCUUUGCACCGACCUUUGUCAAUGGUAGAGUCUCUGCAGUUCUCUUUGAUGUGGAGAAUUGCCAGGCAGGCGUAUGGCUUGGAGGACUAUGACAUUUUUCAGCCACCAGUCGCAUCACCUGCAGAUGCAUCAGCUCCAGCAUCUGCGCCUUCAAGCGUGGGAAGCAAGAUCCCGCCAAAUGUCCGCAAAGUGAAAGUUAGCCAAGUUGCAGAUCAGCUGGAUGACACUGAACUUGAAGUCAUGGACCAAGCAGUGCUGGAUGUAGCGUUCAACCACUACAGAAGCAGAAUGGGCUCUGAACCUUUGAAAGAAUCCGAGCCAACUGCUGAGCAGGUGACAGUGUUAUAUUCCAGGGUGGUGACCCACAAUGGAUCAACAUAUGCUGACUUUUCAGUUCUCACUCCGUUUGGUCGGAGAGCUCAGAAACAAAUGAAGGCGAAAGGUUUCAUGCUGCAAGAAGACGGGUCUUGGAAACAGCUUGAAAUUCCAGGCCCGCCAACUUAUGAAGCUUGGUCGGCCUGCUGGGACAUUUACAAGACUACGCUCCUGAUGCUCCAAUACCCGGGUUCCACAGCUACCGAGCCCAAGCGAGAUGUGAUCACGUGGUCAUGCUUGGAAGAGUACUUCAAUCGGAUUUGCAAGUUGAACCGCACAUAUCCUGAAUGUUGGCAUUUACUGGUGGCUGCGGAGGAUAGAUGCCGAGGUGAACACCUGGGCAGAUGCAGACGGCUUCUGGAAAGAGCUGCGUUGGAAGGCAGACUUCCUAUGGACCUGGACUUUGACCCUCGGACUCCAUGGGUGGGAUGCUUUAGCUAUGCGGCUCGUGAUAUGGACUUUUGGACUUCAGAAGUGAUUGUUCCUGCGCAGAACUUUUUGGCUAGAGGUGGUGCCGGCAAGCGCAUGUCCAAGGAAAUUGCAGAGGAUAGCGACGUGCCUCCGGCUGUGAAGGAAGCUAUGGAGGCGUCAAGGACGAAAGGCAUGCCUCGUCCCCAUGGUCAAGGUGAGUCAAAGAGUGCCAAGCAGCGCAGAAAUCUCAGGCAAAGAUUUGAAGAAGGCUCGGCUCCUGCAAGUGGGGGCAGAUCCAGUUCUUGGCAGAACUCCUCUAAAGGAUCCAAGGGUGGCAAAGGUGCAAUGCAACAUCCACGGCGAUAUGGGCAACUUUUUGUCACCAACCGUGAAGGUGUGCAGGAUGAGCAGGGUGAGCACCAAGAUGUUGAUGUCCCAGACGUGGACAUUGAUGAUGUUCCUACAGGUGCCCACCUGGGCUCUGAGCAGAAUUCAGAUAAUGUGGUGCUGCCUAGGCCGUUCAAGUUUGCUGAAUUCUUUGCAGGCUGGGGCGGUUUGUCGACGGCAAUGAAAUUCGUCUCGCAUCGCUGGAUCAAUGUGUCUGCAACGCUAGACGGGUACAGAGGUGCAUGGAAUAUUCUUGAUGAUGAACAUUUUGAGUCUGGAAAGCAAGUUUGCAGAGAAGUAGACCAUGGCCAUAUGGCACCACCGUGCCGUACGUUGACUAUGGCCCGGCGGUCUGACGAGCAUGGGGUGGCAAAGAUGUUGCGGUCAAACGAUUACCCUGAAGGCUGGGGCGACCUUGAAGCUGUGGAAGCAAACCUUGUAAUUGCCCGAAUGGUGGUGCUGGUGUUGAUCUUGCACAACCAGGGGGCCACGUUUGCCAUUGAGAACCCUUGGAUGUCAUAUUUGUGGCAAUUGCCCAUUAUGCUCAAAGUUUUCCGGCUCAGCAAUGUCGAAUUAGUUUGUUUGUCAGAAUGGAUCCGGGAUGGUUUUCCUUUGGGCAUUGUGCACGCCAUUGAAAACACUGGAGUUUUUCCUGCUACUCAAACGGUUUCUGCUGCCAUUGAAGAGAGUCGCAUCCAUGGUAUGCUGGCCACCGAUGUUGAUGGCACCGCUACAAACUAUAGCAGCUUCCAGGAGUCAGUGGCGCAGGCUCAAGAGCUUAUGGAUCAACUGGUGCAAACAGGCCGGGCAGACAAGUUUGAGACCUGGCAGGAGGUGGUUGAAACUUUUGGUGAGCAAGCCAAAUUGACGCGGCUGGCCUGUUUGGUUAAAACCAAAGAAACAGGCGAAACCAAAUACCGCCUUGUGGUUGACUCCAGACGUUCUGGAGUCAAUGGGCUGAUGACUGUCAAGGAACAAGUCAUUCUACCAAAGAUUUCUGAUAUUGCCCAGUCCAUUCAAUAUCUGGCAAAGCUCAAUGAGGGCUGGAGCGAUAUGUUGCUUGAACUGGUUUCCGUUGACUUCAGGGAUGCGUUCCACAUGUGUCCGUUGAGACCUGAUGAGCGUCAGUUUGUAGUGGCCAAGGAUUCUUAUGGUUGGUAUCAUGUUAGCAAGGUUGUCCAGUUUGGGCUGUCACCUGGCCCGCUGCUGUGGGCAAGGCUUGCAAGUGCUGCCAUGCGAUUGGGGCAAGCCAUUGUGAAACCUUGGGAAGCUGCCGUUUCAACAUACGUGGACGAUCCCCUCUUGACAGUCAUGGGAGAAUCGGCACGGGACCGUGCAGCCACGGUCUUGCUGUGUGUUGGACUGUGGCUGGCACUGGGGCUGCGUAUCUCAUGGAACAAAGCCGUGCGAGGACCUGUAGUUCAGUGGAUAGGCUUCGAGCUGCAGCUGCACGGCAAGCAGAACUGCGACCUUACAGUUCGUUUGACUGACUCCAAGCGCAAGAAGCUGCUGGACACCUUGGAAGAAAUAGGGAAACACAAGGGCGUGUUUCCUCUGAAGUUGCUACAGUAUGCGGUUGGAGUUUUGGGCUGGGUCAGCUCUGUUGUGCCGUUGGCCAGACCUUGGCUGGCAAUGUUGUGGGCAGCCAUCACGCAACACAUCCGAUGGCUGACUGCCUUGGUCAUGUCCUUGGAUGGACAGGCCCCUGGUUUGCAAGUUACCUUUCGUAGCCAGCCAGCUUUGAGACAUGUGCUGGUGCAAACAGAUGCAUGCCCUACAGGUAUGGGCGGCUUCUUGGCUGACAACGAUGCAAAAUUGUUUGGUGCAGUGAUUGGAGAUCCCUCCUACCAGAGUGAGUGGGAGUUACUGGCAGUGUGGGUGUCACUGGAGGUUUUCUGCAAGUUUCUCCAUCCAAAUUUUGCUGGCUGUCAGGUGCUGUUAAGAACUGACAACACCUCUGUCAUCCAAGCAGUCAAGUAUUGCAAAGCUCGCUCUCCCAUCAUGUCUCAACUGGCGGCAGAGAUUUCAUUGCAAUGUGCCAUCCUGCAACUGAUGCCCAUCGAGGCGCAACAUGUCCCAGGGUUGUUCAAUGACAUAGCAGACAGACUGAGCCGAUUAGAAAGACAAGAAGAUGUCCCGUUUCAGCUUCGAACGCAUAGUGACAAUGCUGAAUCAGUGCCAGCUGACUAUGAGCCUUCCGUUUGGUUGAACAAACUGUCCAUGAGAACUGAGGCUGGAGAAGUGCUUAAGCGUAGACGGCUGAAUGGACCGUGGUUUCCAGACAAUGAUAGUGCAGCUAGGUCUUCAGAUGCGCCUUCUGGUGGGGUCCGUGCGUGGGUUUUGGCAACCCUGUUCUUGCUUGGGGAAACGGAACUGGCGGCGCUUACACUGGAUACAGCGUGCAUUCGUAUUGACCAUGUGGCUUUGACUGUGGGUUUGCAUUUGUCUGUUCAAAAGAACGAUCCUGCCGCAAAGGGCGCGUGGAGGUCUUUGGGGUGCACAUGUGCUGUUGAGCCACUGGCCUGCCCUUUCCAUGUACUUCAAGGUUUUAUCAACGAGCAGCUGAAAUCGCUGGGGCUUCAACGCUUGGAUGAAGUACAGGUUGGGCACCCACAGCAGCCUGGGGCAUCGAGACCAUGCAUCCGACCCAUCUUGGAGAAAACAGAGCGAGAACAGGUUGGGCACCCACAGCAGUCUGGGGCAUCGAGACCAUGCAUCCGACCCAUCUUGGAGAAAACAGAGCGAGAACAG